UUCGGAUGUUUUCUAUGAUCUGAAGGAACCGCUAUAAUGACCACCACGUGCGUUUCAUUUUCUUCGAUCUUAUCUUUGAUUGCUUUUUAUGAAGUCGCACUGGGAGCUAGUGCUUGCUAUCUCAGAAUAGCUCCAUGGAUCUCAUCGGAAAUGUUUGAUGCUUCUUGGGGCUUCUUUGGCGACCGUGAAGUCACCGGAUGAAUUGCCGAGUAGAUAGAUCAGAUCCGGACGCUGCAGUUGUUCCGCGGUGAUACGGACUCGACCCGCUCCUACCCACCCUGGGGUAUCAUAGCAUGUCGGGAAUCGAGGGGGGACAUACUGGACGUAACUACUCCCGUCGGUUGGGGGCUCUGCCGCCCUGCCUUUCGAUCGAUACACAGUUGAGGAGGCCGAUCACGAACGUGACAGGUGUGGGAGCGAUCCUGGGAAGGCAAGGCUAAGACGGUGCCUUGCAUAUGGGUAGCAAGAGGGCGCUUAUGCCCCGACGGUGGGGCCUUAUGGGGAAGGGCCCAGCCCAAUAGGGACAGCACACCCCCCACUUUAAGCUCAUCUCUGUAUCGACUGAAUAACUCUAUCUAAGGGUGACGUCGGUGGAACCGGUGAACCACGCGAGCUGGUUAGAUGCGUGGGGCAGAGGGCUCGUAGUACGCCCCUUUUCUUGAUCCAGCCUUUUCUUUGCUUCGGUAGUUAAUCACCUAAAAUCCAAGGGAGGCUGGCCUGCACGCCAUACCUAUACCCAUAUAGUGCCAGGCAGGCGGUGGAGUCAUUUUUGGAUUAGGGAAGGGAAGAAGGGGCCUAAGCACGGCAGAUGCCGUACACUUGAGUGGCAAAGGAAAGCGAGACCGUACUUCUUUUGCCAGGCCUGUUCUUACAUAAGGUUCCCGCAGAAGAUCAAUUUGGUGAGCCAUGUGAUGGGAAACCUUCCCGCACGGUUCGGAGAGCACUGAAGACGAAUGAGAGGUUCACCACCACAUCAUUGCAAGGGGAGCUCGCUCGAUUCGCAGAUUGGCCUGACUCGUAAUUCACUUUUGACUCUGUGUUCGAUAGCCUAACCGUAGUGAUGUUAAUUGUGGUUACAUUCAUAAGUAGCUUGGUCCAUCUUUAUUCCAUUUCAUAUAUGUCUGAGGAUCCGCAUAGCCCUCGAUUUAUGUGUUAUUUAUCCAUUUUUAAUUUUUUAUGCUAAUGUUGGUGACUGGAGAUAACUUUCUUCAAUUAUUCCUGGGAUGGGACGGAGUAGGUCUUGCUUCAUAUUUGUUAAUUCAUUUCUGGUUUACACGACUUCAGGCGGAUAAAGCUGCUAUAAAAGCUAUGCUUGUCAAUCGAGUAGGCGAUUUUGGAUUAGCUCUUGGGAUUUUUGGUUGUUUUACUCUCUUUCAAACAUUAGACUUUUCAACCAUUUUUGCUUGUGCUAGUGCUCCCAGAAAUGAAUUGAUUUUUUGCAAUAUGAGAUUGAAUGCCAUAACUCUGAUUUGUAUUUUACUUUUUAUUGGUGCUGUUGGGAAAUCUGCACAGAUAGGAUUGCAUACUUGGUUACCCGAUGCAAUGGAGGGUCCCACUCCAGUAUCUUCUUUGAUUCAUGCAGCUACUAUGGUCACUGCUGGCGUUUUCAUGAUAGCAAGGUGCUCCCCUUUAUUUGAAUACUCACCUACGGCUUUGAUUGUUAUUACUUUUGCAGGAGCUAUGACGUCAUUCCUUGCGGCAACCACUUGAAUAUUACAGAACGAUCUAAAGAGGGUCAUAGCUUAUUCAACUUGCAGUCAAUUAGGCUAUAUGAUCUUUGCUUGCGGCAUCUCUAACUAUUCGGUUAGCAUCUUUCACUUAAUGAAUCACGCGUUUUUCAAAGCAUUACUCUUCCUGAGUGCGGGUUCGGUGAUUCAUGCCAUGUCGGAUGAGCAAGAUAUGCGGAAGAUGGGGGGGCUUGCCUCCUCCUUUCCUUUGACCUAUGCCAUGAUGCUCAUGGGCAGCUUAUCUCUUAUUGGAUUUCCUUUUCUAACAGGAUUUUAUUCUAAAGAUGUGAUCUUAGAGCU